AUGAUUCCCAAACGUUUCUCAUUAUCUCAUUGUUUAUUGUUCGUCUACCUGUUUUUAUUUUAUUACCUUCAUGUUAGCUGUGCACCGUAUGACCCGGAAAAGAUACCAUGGAAUUUAAAUACCAAUGAGGCUGCUACUAAUCCCAUUGAUUAUUCUGGAGUAUGGAUGGACCAUGAUUUCUUCCCUAGCCCUAAAUCGUGGAGAUUUCCCUUAUACACAAUUGCUUUGGAUAAGUGGGUUGACGGUGAUCCCACUAACAAUGAUAUCAAUGGCACCAGAUUCGAAUACGAUAUGCUUGAAACAGAAUUUCGAAAUGGCGGUGACAUUAUUGGAGUUAAAAAAUCUUUGGAUUACCUUCAAGGCAUGGGUGUCAAGGGUAUCUAUCUCGCUGGUACACCAUUUGUGAACCUGCCUUGGGGUGCAGAUCAGUAUUCCCCUCUGGAUUUUACCUUGCUGGAUCCUCAUUUGGGAACAAUUGAUGAUUGGAGGAGUACCAUUGAAGAAGUACAUAAAAGGAAUAUGUAUAUAAUAGUAGACCUUACUGUUGCGACGCUUUCCGACCUUGUUGGGUUUCAAAAUUAUGUUAAUACCACGACUCCGUUUUCUUUAAUGGAGCAUAAUGCCUUAUGGAAAAGCGAGCACCGUUAUCGAGAUUGGGCUUUUCAAAAUGAGUGGGACUUUGAAUGCACCCUUCCCGAAUUCUGGGGUGAAGAUGGGUAUCCCGUGGUUUUAGAAUGGAAGGGUUGUUAUGAUUCCGAAUUCGAUCAAUACGGAGAUACAGAGGCCUUUGGUAGCCACCCUGAUUGGGAACGACAGUUGUCGAAGUUUGCCUCGGUUCAAGAUCGAUUGAGAGAAUGGAAACCAUCCGUUUCUGAAAAACUUAAAAGGCUUUCUUGCUUAGUUAUUUCUAUGCUUGAUGUAGAUGGAUUUCGUGUUGAUAAGGCUACGCAAAUGACUGUUGACUUUUUAGCUGAUUGGGCUGACAGCAUACGGGAUUGCGCUAGAAAGCAUAAUAAACAAAACUUUUUUAUUCCUGGUGAAGUUACAGGAUCAUCGAGCUACGGCUCUAUAUAUUACGGGAGAGGUAGAAAACCCGAUCAACGACCUUCCAGUAUUCAAGAUGCCUAUGCUCUUACUCCUUCAAAUGAUACUUUUUUUCUACGAGAAGAACGAAAAAAUGCUUUAGACGCCGCUGCUUUUCAUUAUUCAUUUUAUCGUAUACUGCUUCGAUUUCUGAGAAUGGAUGGUUUGAUGGAAAUUCCAUUUGAUUUGCCCACGGAUUUAACAGAAGCCUGGGAAACGAUCGCAAUCAAUGAAGAUGCUUUAAACGCUAUGACUGGGGAGCAUGACCCGAGGCAUUUGUACGGAGUUUCAAAUUACGACGUUUUCCGCUGGUCUUCAGUUGUGGAUGGACCCGGCAGACUGAUUCUUGGUACGAUGAUAUCCUUUUUUCUUUUUCCCGGUGUUCCGUUAAUUUAUUACGGUGAUGAACAAGGCUUGUAUGUUCUCGACAACAGAGCCGACAACUAUUUAUAUAGUCGACAGCCUAUGUGUUCUUCAAUCGCUUGGUACAUCCAUGGAUGCUAUACUGGAAAUUCCUCUACCUAUCCAGCUAUUGAUCUUACUCCCGCUAGGAAGGGUUGCUUUGAUAGUUGGAACACGCUAGACCACUUUGACGUUGCUAAAGUUGAGAGGCAAGUUUUUAUCGAGUUCCAAGAUAUUAGACGGAGAUAUCCGGCUUUAGUUGAUGGUUGGCAAUCUAAGAGGUUAGGAAAUUGGACUUUCGUUGAAUAUAUGCCUAACAGUGGGGUCAAUCCGACAACGGUUGGUGUCUUUAGUGUCGUUAGAGGUUCUUUAUCGCCUUUGCAGGACUUGACUUCCGAGUAUUCCUAUGCUUCUAGUCAUACACUAUCAACUACCGACGUAUGGCUGUUAUUUACUAACCACAACCAUUCCAUCGAGUUAAGUUAUGAUUGUGACUCGCAAGAUGCGAUUGUAGCACCAUAUGGUGCUGGAACAACGGUCAAGAAUCUCGUUUAUCCGUAUGAUGAGUAUAUCCUACAUGAAUCAAAUAAAAAACUGGAUACAUCAAACGAAUUGGUUGCUGGCUGUCUUCCGAAUGUUGCACUCGAUGCUUACGGUUUCAAACUAUUCGUCCCGAUUGACGAAUAUAUUCCUCGGCGCCCUAUGAUCACCAAAAUCUCCCCGAAGCAUGAUUCAAGAAUUGUCAAUACUCAUGGAAAGGUAAAUGUCAUUAUAGAAUUUUCAGAGGAAAUGAGUUGUCAAUCAAUUACUGAAAGUAUUCACGUUACAUCUAAAACUCAAAAUAAUGCCCUAGGAGAAUUCGAUUAUGAGUCUGUUACUUGCGAUACAAUAAUUUCUGAAGACCAAUUACGCUUCACGGGUCAACCCAGCAGCAGAUUUAGGUGGUCAGCUGUCUUGUAUAACCUUCAGGAUGGUAUACACCAAAUUACUGUUUCUAACGUUACUACCAAUGAUGGAUCGGCAUUCACUGAUUCAGUUGAUCACUUCCUGCUGCGAAUUGGGUCUCUUAACAAUCCUAUGAUUUUUCCUAAUGCCAAUUACUCUUUCGAUUUAUUACAGUUAGAAGGAAAACACUUGAGUUUAAAUCAUUCUGCACCUGGUGCUGAUCUGUUCCGUUACUCGAUGGAUUUCGGAUCAAGCUGGUCGUCUUGGCAGGAAUACGAUGGUUCAUUUACUCGAUGUUAUCUAAAGAAACAGUCAAUUUCUAGUCAUCACAAAUGGGUGGGUCAUCAUGUUAUGGUACAGUACUGGAGUGAGCUAACUGGUUCCGCAAAUCACAUGCAAGAAUCCGAUGCAGCUUUUUCGCAUAAAAGAUGGUUCCCACAGAUGUAUCUGGACAGUGAAAUAACACAAUGGGCUUAUGAUGCUGAUGAUCGAAACAAAAUGUCUAUACAGGAAAAUGGAAGCUUUGUUGGACAUAUAAUAUCUGACACUUAUCCUUCAGCUUUUCAACUCAAUGUAUGGGGUCUAAAUGAAAAAGGGAAACCUGAUCCGUCUUACAUUUAUGGUAGUGUACGGAAUGAUUCAUACCUUUCGCGGGCAAGUCCUUCCGCAUUAGAAGACAAUGUAUUUUUCGUGCAAUCUGAGCCUCCUAAAAAAAGUCUAUCAUGGAAAAUAACGUUUGAUCCCCAAGCUCGUCGACUUUAUACUCAUCCUUCAGGAUCCGUUUAUGUUUCUAUGGGAAUUUACAUUUGUUUUAUUCUUCUUCCUCUUAUUUCAGGGUUAACUUCUGUUUUACUCUUUAAAAGGUUGUUUUAUCACGUGAAGUUCAAUGACUUUGGAAAAGGGUAUACUGAUAAAUACUUUACUGAUGUUUCUGAAACGGAAAAAAGUAAUAAUAUCAUAUUUAGAAUGAUGGAGUUCCCCAAAAUGAUGGGUAUGAAAAAGAAAGGUAGCUUUCAAGGCAAUAGGAAAACAAUACUUCUCGCAACUCUUGAGUAUGAUAUUCCGACUUUGAAUAUAAGAAUCAAGAUUGGUGGAUUGGGCGUUAUGGCACAACUAAUGGUAAGAAACUUAGAGCACCAAGACUUGCUAUGGGUUAUUCCAUGCGUGGGUGAUGUGAUAUAUCCUGAUAUGGAAGCAGACGAUCCAAUCACUGUGGUAAUUAUAGGACAAUCCUAUUUAAUCAACGUUUACCGAUAUGUGCAUAAGAACAUAACAUACUUGCUAUUGGAUGCACCUGUCUUUAGAAGGCAGACAACAUCCGAACCCUAUCCUGCUCGCGUUGACGACUUAAGCUCGGCAAUAUUUUAUUCCGCGUGGAAUCAAUGUAUAGCCAACAUAAUGGAGAACAAAAGUAUUGAUUUAUAUCAUAUAAACGAUUAUCACGGCGCGCUGGCUCCAGUUUAUUUGCUGCCAAAGGUUGUUCCAGUAGCUCUUUCUUUGCACAACGCUGAGUUUCAAGGGCUUUGGCCUCUGCGAAGUUCAGAAGAAGUUGAGGAGGUUUGUUCGGUUUUCAAUAUACCCCUGGAUGUGUGCUCCAAGUACGUUCAGUUUGGAAAUGUUUUCAACUUGUUGCAUGCUGGCGCAUCUUAUAUAAGAGUGCAUCAAAAAGGAUUUGGUGUUGUGGGUGUAUCGAAAAAAUAUGGAAAACGUUCGUGGGCAAGGUAUCCCAUUUUCUGGGGGCUCCGAAAAAUUGGCAAGCUUCCAAAUCCAGAUCCGUCAGACAAAGGUGAAGGUGUUUUCGAAGUAACCGAUGAGUCUCUACGGAAUCUUGAACUUACGAAGGAGGAUGAUAAGAGACAAGCCCAAGAAUGGGCAGGUUUGGAAAUAGACUCAAAUGCGGAUCUUUUAAUUUUCGUUGGACGAUGGUCCAUUCAAAAGGGAAUAGAUUUAAUUGCCGAUAUUGCCCCUAUAAUCCUCGAAAACUAUAACGCUCAAAUAGUUGUGAUAGGACCUGUUAUUGAUCUAUACGGAAAAUUCGCCGCCGAAAAGUUUGAAGCUCUGAUGCAAAAAUAUCCACGACGAUUAUUCUCGCGACCAGUGUUUACUCACCUUCCGCAAUAUAUCUUUAGUGGUGCCGAUUUUGCAUUAAUUCCAUCUAGGGACGAACCUUUUGGCCUUGUUGCUGUCGAAUUCGGUAGAAAAGGUACUCUUGGAAUAGGAGCCAAUGUGGGCGGUCUUGGUCAAAUGCCUGGUUGGUGGUACGCUGUGGAAUCAAGCACAACAUCACAUUUGCUAAAACAGUUUGAGCAAGCUUGUCGUCAAGCCUUGUCUUCUACAAAAGAGACACGUACAAAACUGCGUGCUAUCUCAGCUGUUCAGAGAUUUCCCAUAUCUGAAUGGGUUAUUCGUUUAAAUAAGCACAUUAAUACUUGCAUAAAGUUCUGUUUAAAAAAUAAUUCCGAAAUAUUAAAUGGAGUUUCUAACCAGCAACAGAAUUUCCAGUCUUCUUUUCUUGAUGAUGAAAGCUUCAAACAAGAUUUAGGAGAGUCAGAAGGUGAACAGCAACUUUUUGACCAACUGAGGCACGAAAGUUUAAAUACUAAAGACAUAUCUAAAAAUUUACACGAAAAGGAGCUAUUCAGUAUAGGGGAGGCUUCAAAGGACGGCGAAGUAAGUGAAACUUCUGAAAGCCUGGAAAAUGUAUCGUCCUCUAGUUUUGAUGAAUUGCCUCGUCGUGAUGAAUAUCGAAAUCAGCUAAUAGAAUUUGACUUGGUGCAGCCUGUUUCCGAGCCAACUGUUGAAGAAAACUUUCAUCAUACAAAUACUGUUGGUGAUAAUUCUAAGAGCAACGAAGUUGAAGAUGUUUUAGAGAACACGGAUUCAUUUGAUAUCGCUUCAGAAAGCGACUUGAAGCUCGACAAAAGGUUCGAUAGUUUUGAUGGGUCUAAUAACAACGUCUUUGAAUCAUCGGAGAUGUUUCUUCCGCAUAAUAGCUCUCAGCUUAGCAUUGCAUCCGUUCGGUCUAAUUUGCGAGAUUUUUCUUUGACGAAAGUGCCUAGGAAAUUUGAUGAUGAGGAUGGUAAAGCUUUAUGCAUAUUCGCUGAACGGUUGCAAGAGCUGACCCCUAAAAGUUCUAUAAGCAACUUGUGCAUCGAUCAUUUUAUUAUGAAAUGUACCCGCAAAUAUUUCAAUGAAGUAAAAAGCUUACAGCUUGGUUCUUCAAAGCCCGAGAAGCUUCAUUUUUUUAAUGAUGCAGCAGUAACAAGUUCCGUCAAUAACUUGCCCGAACUGGCUCAAAAUAAAGACGGUUUCAUUGAUGAAAAUGAAUUAGACAAACAAGUGUUGCAAUUACCCGAAAAAGAGGAAGCUGAGUACGUCUACGAGUUUGAGCAGUACCAUGGUUGUCGCAAGUUACUACAGCAUCAAAUCUUAGGCUGGCCUUUAUACACGGUAAUUCUUGCUUUGGGACAGAUUCUCGCUGUUACUUCGUUCCAGUUAAGUCUUUUGUCCGGAAGUUCAGAACAAUCGGUAAGUUUCCUUUACGUUGUUUGCGGUAUUUAUGUUGCAUCUACGUUCUUCUGGUAUACUAUGCAUUGUUUGAUUCCUAGUGUACAUUGUUUGGCACUCCCAUUCGUGAUUUAUGGACUUGCAUUUUUCUUCGUUGGAUUGGUUAGUUUUGAAAACUUAGGUGGCUCAAGAAUCUGGCUAGCAAGGCUAGCAACAUGCACCUAUGCAGCUGCGUCAGGAAGCCAGGCUUUGUAUUUUUCUCUAAACUUUGGUGAUGAAGGAAACUAUGAUGUUCUGUAUUGGAUUAUUCGAGCUUGUUUCAUACAAGGAUGCCAGCAAUUAUGGUCAUCUGCGUUAUGGUACUGGGGUUCAUAUAUGAGCUCCAAACCCAAUAAAUAUGGUAUUUCUGAACAAGUACAUUCCGUUCAUUGGGUUUAUGCUAUUGUAUGGUCUAUCUCGUUGAUCUUGUUGUGUUUUACAGUAUUGCUUUACAGAGGGCUACCAAACUUUUACAGGCAAAUUCCUCCUAAGAUCCCCGCUUUCUAUCGGUCUGUUCUUCGAAGGCGGCUGAUUCUUUGGUUUUUCUUUGCUUCUAUACUGCAAAACUAUUGGAUGUCAACACUACAAGGGCGCUCAUGGGCGUUUGUCUGGUCAGCACGGUCAGCAAACAGAUGGGUGACAUUCUUGUUGGUUAUAUUUUUUUACGUUGCAAUAUGGUUAGGUGCUAUUAGCGGCUUGGCAUCAUUAUCUCAAAAGCAUUCAUGGAUAUUACCCAUUUUAGGACUUGGAUUCGGUGCUCCAAGGUGGUUACAGACUUUAUGGGGAACUUCUAAUUUAGGCUUAUAUCUUCCUUACUUUGGAAAAGCGGCACCAUACAUGUCUCGUAUGCUAUGGCUAUGGCUCGGAUUAUUGGAUACUGUCCAAGCAGUGGGUAUUGGAAUUAUUUUACUCCAAACAUUAACACGAGAGCACAUCAAUCUUGUUCUUAACGUUGGCCAAGUGAUUGGAGCCGUAGCUAGCAUGGUUGGCAGAGCCACUUCGCCUUGCCGAAUUGGGCCAGCAAACGUAUUUCUCGAUUUUACAUCUUGGCAACCAAAAGACGGGGUAAAAAUAUUAGCAAGUGCGCCCUUCUGGAUUUGCCUCAUAUGCCAGCUUGGCAUUGUCGUUGGAUAUUACCUCUUCUUCCGCCGAGAAAACUUGAUGAGACCUUAG